AUGUUCAAACAAAAUUACAGCACCGAAAUUUGGUCACCAGACAAAUCCUUGUCCUCUUCUUCUUUUUCUUCUUCGUGCUCUUCUUCUUCUUCCAAUUCAUCUUUUUUUUCCGAUUCAUCUUCUUCUGAGUUCAUCUUCUCCUCAGUUUGGGCUUCUUCUGCAUUGGGAUUUGCUUCCUUGGUUUCCGCUUCUCCUGUCACCUCCGUUUCUUCUAUCGGCGGAGAUUCAUUGGUUGAAAUCGCCGCUUCUGUUGGCUUCGACAGUUCCGCCUCCGUUUCUUUCGGCCUUGAUGGUUCCACCGUUCGGUCAUCUUCGACGGUUCUGUCGCCUCAGUCGGCUUCGGCGAUUCCGCCGCUUCUGUUGACUUCGUCGGUUCCGCCAUUUCUGUGGAGUUCGACGGUUCCGCCGUUUCCGUCGUCUUUGGCGGUUCCGUCGUUACUUUGCUGUUUCUCAAAACCACCAUUGCUGGACUUAAUUCGAAGCUUCACUCUACAAUUCUCCACUCUAGAAUUUCAGUAUCCGUUGAGAUUGAGCUGA